GCCCGAUGACGCCACCGAGGCCUGUCCUCAACCCCCUCGCCCCGACCGGGCAGAUAAUCGGCGGGACGGACGCCCGCAUCGAGGACGUGCCCCACCAGGUCUCCCUUCAGAGUUUCGGCUUCGGCUUCUGCGGCGGCAGCAUCAUCUCGAACGAGUGGGUGGUCACGGCCGCCCACUGCAUGUCCUACCCGGCCGAGUGGAUCACGGUCCGCGCUGGAACAGCGACCAAAUCCUCGGGCGGCAGCACCCACCUGGUCGCCGAGAUAAUCGUGCACGAGAGGUACACGACGAACCGUUACGGCGUCCCAGAGAACGACGUCGCCGUGCUCAGAGUGAAGACGCCGUUCCGGCUGGACGCCACCCGCCAACCCGUCCAAUUGUUCAAGCGGAACGAGGAGUCGGUGGCCGGUGUCGGGGCGGUGAUCACUGGAUGGGGUUCGGUGGUCGAGGGGGGCAGCACGACCGAGGUCCUUCAAACGGUCACCGUCCCCAUCGUCUCCAAGAGCUCGUGCAACGACGCGUACAAGUCGUACGGCGGCCUCCCCUUCGGCCAGAUAUGCGCCGCUGUGCCCGAGGGAGGGAAGGACGCGUGCCAAGGCGACUCCGGCGGCCCGAUGACCAUCCAGGGCCGCCUCGCGGGACUCGUCUCUUGGGGAUACGGGUGCGCCAGGCCGGGAUACCCCGGCGUCCACACCGAAGUCGCCGCCUUCAGCGACUGGAUCGCCUCCAAGACUGGAAUUACCGCCACCGUUCCAUCUUUCGAUAAGUUGAAACGAUAUAUUGCGCGAUCGGCGUACAAAGUUCACUCAACGUUGGUUAUUUUCGAACACGUAAAACUAUUCUAUUUUCGCGAACACUUUAAUGUGACAAACAAAUCUAGUAUUUCGUAUAUUGCAAGCGGGAAAAACGGUGUAAAUGAAAUCGUUUGGAAAAACAAUUAUUUGACGAAGUUUUCGAAUAUCUUCUUAGUGAGAACGAGCGAGCAGAAACUAUCUUCGGAAGAUCGAAUCGUCGAUGGAGCAUUUAUCAACAUCACGAAUGUUCCAUACAUGUUAUCGUACAGAGUAAAUAACAAUCAUGCAUGCGGUGCUGCUAUCAUUGAUAAAGAAUGGGGAUUAACUGCCGCUCAUUGCGUUACUCCAUUUGUCAAUAAUCCGUCAGUUUCGAUCAGCGUACGUAGCGGAUCUAACAGACACGAUUUCGGUGGAAUUAUUCACAACGUAACGACAUUUUCGUAUCAUGAGAAAUACGAUGAUCAGAACAACGAUUACGACAUCGCGGUAUUCAAAGUCUGUCCGCCGUUCGAUUUUAACAACACGACACAACCCGUCAAAUUGCCCGAGAACGUUGAAUCUUUCGACACGAAUUGGGGUUUAAUUGCUGGCUGGGGUUACUUUAUCGAUAUCGACCCGAUGUUGUCGGAAAAGCUGCAAUACGUAAUCGUGCCGAAAGUGAGCAGAGAAACGUGCACAAAGGACUAUAAAGGCAGAUAUGAAGUGACGGAGCGUCAAGUAUGUUACGGAUUUUCACAAGGAGGGAAAGAUGCGUGCAAAGGUGAUUCAGGUGGCCCACUGGUUAAUAAUUCCACUGUAAUCGGUAUUACCUCGUGGGGCUACGAAUGCGGUGAACCAGACUCGCCUGGCGUCUACACCAAUGUAAUCGAUCUACUAGGAUGGAUCAUGGAUAAAAUUAGACCGAUUCAAUGAUUUUUAAUUCGAUCCGGUUUUUCAGUUUGAAAAUAUGAAAUUGGAAAUAAAUAUUUCU